AGCAUACUUGCCUACUUCAGUUUUUCGAAUACGGUGUUCUCUACUUUGCCGUUUGUCGGGAAACAAAGUUACACGAGAAAAAGCACAAGUGAGAAAGUACUAAGCUCUUGAGAAACGGUUUCAGUUCUUUGAGGCACAUCUUGUGGUUUUCUUGUUCUGCAGUCCACGGAAAUCGUUCUGGUGUUGGUUGUGGAGUGAGUGCUGAUUUAGAGGAGUAGAAUGAAAGAAUCAUCUCUGUCUCUCACGAGUGGUAGAAGAGUUUGAAUCUGUCUGAGUGCUGUGAGCGAAAAAGUGCUCUUGUUUCUGUUUUGAGGGGCAACAACGGGAGUUGUAUAAAUAUCUGUGAGUGGGGACCUAUGAGGAAAUUGGAGUUGUAUAUCCUAUGUAUAAACAUCUGUGAAUGAGGUAAGAUCUAUGACUGAGGGCAUUGAAAAUUCUUAUUUUUUUGAGUUCGAGUUGCAGAUGUUGUGUCAGUCUAUCUUCAUCCAUAUCAUCUCACUAAUGACUGAGGAUAGUCAUUCGACAUGCACACAUGAAAUAUCAUCUAAUCCGACUAGCAACAUCCUCAUCAUGGUUCCCAUCUUACUUUUCCAUGUGAUCACUGUGUUUCUACCGACCCCCCCCACGUCACUUCGUCGCCUUUUUUCUUGUCCCAUUACUGAGCAAUGUAGUUUCCAUAUCUAGUCUCCAUUUUCUCUCUUUUACUCGAGUCUUUUAGCAAAUGUCAACCUAACUUUGGUAGGGUUGAAUUGUUGUUCGGACCAAAUAUCCACGAGGGUGAAUUCUAUCUUCCCAUCCUCAUCAGCAUAGAGGCAACUGAUCACUGACUCGGUGUCUCUCCUUCUAUUCAAUUGCUCCAUCUAUGUAUAUCUGUAUGUAUACUUUUUUCUGGUAGAGGUUUAGAUCCAGGCACGCUGAAAGCAUAUAAAGAAAAACAACCGGGUACUUUUUCUGGUACUUUUUCUCUCAUAGGGAUCCAAGGCUAGUCCCUCCAUCCAAUAUAUUGUAUGUGUGCACUGUUUUCUUUCAAGAAUCAUCAGCAUAUUCUAUCUGAGUGUGCAGUACUGUUUCCUCUCAGGCAUCGUCAGCAUAUUCUUUCUCUGUGUGAUAUCACGUCUUGACAUUCUGGCUCCUAUCGUAAAGGAAAAUGCCGACCACAGAGCAGAGGGCUUCGCUGCGAGGCAGUCGGGAAGUCCAGUUCAAUUAAGGCUUCCCCUAAUCCAUUUCCGGAAGCAUCCCCACGAGGCUCCUUAAGUGGAAAAGCGGCCUAGGAUGCAGUUCGAGAUGGAUUGGGGUGCGCGCUAAUUAGAGCCUGAGGCAGACGAGGACGUGCUUGAGGGGAGUCCAGUUGAAGCCCCCCCAUCGCCAACAGCUUUCUUAGAGUUUAACGAGCGUGUUGAAACUCAACUGAUCGCGGAUAAAGUGAGGAAAGUCGUGAGGGAUCUGCUGGAGGAUAUGGCCAAACAAGGCGAUGGUGCCGACGAGAAUACAGAGUUGCUUCUGCAAGACUUUGAUAAAAAACAACUGACGGAGACGAUACGGACACCCGCAUCCGGGCUCGGCAAGUUGAGCGGGAACGUCUACGGUUUUUUGGUACACGCCGUCUGCUCAGUCGGAGAUGGGGCUACGACUGGGGUGGAUUGUACAGAAGGUUCCGGUUGGAGGGCUGAGAAGAUGACAGCAGCACCUGUCGGGCAGCUGAACGUGGCGUCGAUAUGCAGAGGAACCCGCAGAGCACAUUGGGUCGGGGCCCUUGGCGAUGCGUUGAAAGGAGCAGCAGAUGAAAUCGGGAGACUCGACUCCUCUACUUCAGAAAAAGAGUUGCAGCAAACAAUAGAGCAAAUAGAGCACGUCUUCGAAGCAAGUUUUUUCGGAGAAAAGCAAGAGAAUUGGUGUGAGUCAGCAAUCGCGAGGCAGGCUGAAGAACAGAAGCAGGCUGAAGAAAAGAGGCAGGCUGAAGCAAAUGCGCAGAAGGAGGCUGAUGCCAAGGCAGCUAAAGCAAAUGCGCAGAAGGAGGCUGAUGCCAAGGCAGCUGAAGCAAAUGCGAAGGAGGAGGCUGAUGCCAAGGCAGCUGAAGCAAAUGCGAAGGAGGAGGCUGAAGCAAAGGCAGCUGAAGAAAAGGCGAAGGAGGAUGAUGAAGCAAAGGCAGCUGAAGAAAAGGCGAAGGAGGAUGAUGAAGCACGGGAGCAGGCUGGAGCAAGGGGGGAGGCUGGAGCAAAGGCGAAUGGGGAGGCUGGAGCAAAGGCGAAGGAGGAGGCUGAUGCCAAGGCAGCCGAAGCGGCGAAAGCAUUGCCGGCUACAAAAGCCCCGAACAGUGAGCGCCGCCCCAGAAUCAACGCGCAAGCCAACCCUGAUGACGGUGGCCCCUGUAAACCGUGUGGCUUUCUAGAAGACGGCCACACUGACGCCCCAUCCAGUGACCCAUCUUGUGACGAGGGCGUCAGCGCUGACGGAGAUAAUGAUUGCAACGGUGCCGGCUCCGUUCUACAGGGAAAGCGCAAGCCGCAUUCUUUUCUACAAAACGAAUCUUCGAUGGGCCGAGUGGUCCCAACUGCUAGGGGCCAAGCCGGUCGCGGGAAAGUCGUCAGCCACUCGACGUCAGCCACUCAGCCGGUUGCGACUUUCAGCGGGCUUGAGGGAUUCAGCCUGCUAGUUUUUUCGCUGGCCUUUUUUUCACUCAUCAUCUCGGCACUCGCUUAUUGGAGGAAGCGAGGAGCACGCCAUGGCGCUUGAGCCGCGGCGCUAGUACUUGAUAGAGAUGGAAUUGAAGCGAGAAGGUGCUAGCUGGUGGAGAUGGAAUUUUAGUAGUAGAACAAAGUGUAGUAAUACUUGCAUGCCAUAGGGCUGUGAUCAUCAUGGAUGAGCAGCAGCAAAGACAAGGAAUGCCAAGCAUCUUUUGUUUACUAGAUGCACUAGAAUAGAAGUGAGAGUGCUGUCAUUGUAGGUCGUGAGCGUCAGAGGUACAGGUAGAGCAGUAAACUGGAGUGGAUAAAUGCCACAGACUACGCUAUGAAUGAAAUGUCCCGAAGACAGCCUACUAUCUCGUAUACUAGAAGGAUUUGGUGACUGAAGUGGAAACUACAACCAUUGUGAGAAGAAUUUAUACAUUAAUUAUGAUAAUGCAACAAUGACUACGCAAACGCAUGAAUUAAUCAUACUAAGACUCAUCAAAUAAGACUAAUAUACAUAUUUUGUUCAACUGUUCAUGAUCGUGAUUAUUAUUUGGAAGCUUAGGGCUAAGCAAAUAAACUGUAAAGAAUAAACUUUGAAUGAAGCAUUUCUAAAAGUCAGAAACAUCAGUAACAAUCUUGAAAACAUUUAAAAAACAUCAACAAAUUGUGGCGCCGUUAAUCAUAUGCAGGAAAACGAGUUGAAUGGAGGGGGCUGCUUCUUUAUCGUUCGGAAGGACGACAGAAGCCGCACCGCUAGACUACCUAAUGAAUUGUAGCCAGUCUCAAUGUUACAACUGUUCCCUCCGGCUUACACGCUAGUUGGUAUGGAUAGUACUACAGCGAGAAACAAACAGAGCAGAAGCAGUAACGCUUUCAAAAUCAGCAACGCUUGCUCAUAAUUGCUCAAGCAAAGUGCUCUUCAGCCUCUUCAAAUCAACAGGUGAUAACAUACAAUAUCAUUGCUAUUCAUAAAUGAAUAUGAUGGAGGAUCCGUAACUUUUUUUGUGAAUAUCAAGCAACCAUCGCCAGUCUGGGAUUUUUUUUUCGGGGAUAUCAAAUAUAAGUGGUUGUUUUUAUGUCGAUAGUACUAACAUAUACUUAACUUCUAAGCACUAAGUAAAGCAGCAUAUACUUAACUAAGCGACGCUCAAAGCACUAAGUAAAGCAACCGGUUAGUUUUCACCUCUACAAACCUAGGCUUAUCCCGUGCAACACUAUAAUACUGGAAGUUGUAGUCGGAGAAUGUCGAGACUGUAAGCCUGGCGUAUCUAAGUGCUCUGUUUGUAGAUAGUCUGAUAUUAUUCAUCGUGGUCGCAAAGGAGGUCAAGGAGAAGAACAAAACCUCCGACCAAAAGUCGGAACGAUGAAAAGGCGGAUGUUAAGCAAAAUACUAUUACAUUGCCGACCAACGAGAGCAAGGCGCUUAUAGUGAUUGAUGCUAGAAAAGUCAAUAGGACUCAGUAGUUUCUCCGUCGCCUGUAUGCUUCUGGUAUUUGGUAACCUGGUUUUGAACAUAAGGAAAAGCAAGGAGAGCACCCCUGAAAUCGAAGGCAGUACUAGUUUACCAAUUUUUAGGGAAGUAGUCCAUCGCCGGCGUUGAAGAGAAAGUAAGAAAUAAAAAGUACAGGCUUGUCAUCCUGCGAAAGGUGAGGAACGACGAAAGAUGGAGAAACUGAUGAUGCCAAAUUUGACCAUAGAAAA